AUGGAAGCAUUUAGAUUUAUUAGGUUGUUUAAUUUUGAAACAAGCCUGACCACAUCAGCGAUUUCUUGGCAAAAAAAGGAACUUAAUAAAGCAGUUACUUGUCCUUUUGUAGUUGGUAGUACUUCGCAAAAGAAGAUUUAUAGCUCUAUACACAAAAAGGUUAAACUGCAACAGAAAAAUAAAUUAAAUAGAUUAAUAUUAGAACAGAAGGGAAAUUGCUUGGAGUAUCAAAAUAAUGAUAAAUGGUUUGUAAACCUUACCCAGACCGAGUUUCCCAAAAAUAUUCAAUAUCUUCUAUCACUUGGUGAUCAAUUUAAUCUACCCUAUAAUAAAAAUCAUCUUCCCUUAGAACAACUUAUCGUUGACUGUGAAUUUAUUAUAGAAUUGUUUCCUGACGAAGACAUCAAAAAUGAAAAACGCAAUUCAAUACCUACAUCAGGAAUGUCUACAAAAAUGGUUGCAGACCAAGAAUCAACCAUUAAGGACUCUCUCUUCGAUUUUGUCAAAAGCCACAUCCCAGAUGCCGAUCUAACUCUCAUUGACGACAUCGUUUUGUCUUAUGUCAUUGCUUUUUUGGAGGAUGUCGGUUCGGACUCUCAAUUCGAUGUGGAGGGCUUUUGUGAAAUGAUGGAGGCCUAUUUUCCUAAAUUUGGAACCAUCAAUCAUAGCAUCGUGUGCGAGUGGAUGUUUGAUCUUGAAGAAAAGUUGAGAAAACUCGAGCAAACUGAAACUAAGGCUACUAGUUUGGAUAUAAGCUUCGCGGAAGUUGUUCCUAAUAAGACUAAACCCAGGUCUCAUAAUAAUUCUGAAAGCUUCGAAACUCCAAAACGUGUUCACAAACUAUCAGAAAUGAGUGAUGGAGGAUCCACUGAUAGUUCUUGCUGCGAUUAUCCGGACGAAAUGGAUAUUUUGCAGGAAAUGUUUCCUUCAAUUUGCACUAUUGAGGUAAAACAAUGUCUAGCUAUUGCCGCAGGAGACAUAGAACGUGCCACGCAAAUUUUAAUUGAUCGUCAAGAAAACGGUCAAUGUUUGAGCCAAAAUAAUACUCUGACUAUGCAAGUUGCCAAACAGACUAUUGAUGAUGCUGAACUUAAAAACCGAAUUAUUGAGAGAUACUCUUACAUUGACAAAGAUGCUUUGAAUAAGGAAUAUCGUCCAGUGGCUCCAAAAGUUGAGCCAAAAAAGUUGGUUCGUUACCGUGAUAAUAAGAUUGUGAGCCUCAAAGGUGAACGUUAUACUGAAGUCAAGAAGGGGGAUGAUGUGGAGGAUAUUUCUCUAAAGAAAAACAAAAAAGGCCAAGCCCACACCCCGUAACCAAGUGGUUACCGAGGCAAUAUCAGCCAAAACUCGGAUUUCAUUUACUAUUUAUUUCGAAUCUCGGUUGUUUUAGUUUUAAGUUUCAAUAUUUUUCUAAAAUGCUCUCCAAUAAGUUGGUAUCCUUGCCCCUGGUUGGCUCUUUCUUCACGGGCUCUCCCUAUAUUAUUAUUAGGUUUAUUUACAUUAAUAUUAUUGCUAUUAUCAGUAGUAGAUAGGUGUGCAAAAAUAAUGCCACUUUGUAGAUGUGCACUAGGGUUGUUUAGCUCACUCGACGUAUUCAACUAGCUAUAAGGAGCAAGUGUUGGAUUAUGGUCUGGGGCUGGAGGGCAAACAAAAAAAAUAAUGAUUGUUCUCUGCGUUGUGGCUGGCAAAAAUGAUAAUUUUUUUCAUAUAGGUUUCAAACAGUUUCACUGUAGUUGACAAUGAUUGGAAAAAAUAAAUUUAACAAAAUGCUGGUCACUAAAUAUUCACUGUCCCCAUAUUAUUAUAUCGAUGUGAUAAUUUCUUCCCUUUAAGAAAAAAAAAUGUGAUAAAACGCCUUCAAGCUCCGCUUGUACCUGGUCCAACUACUUGCUCCAUGUUUUCGAUGUUUAAACCAUAAGUAUUACUAAUUGAUGGUAAGAUUCAGAACUAGUCAUGUAAUUUUAAUGAGUUCAGUCUGAGAAAUGGAGAUUUUGUACACAGAGGGUAGAUAGAACAGGAGAGAGGGGUAACCUAUAAGGCAGCUUGAAUCAAGAAAAAAUAUUAACUUGGAUUGUAGGAUUUAAUGUGGCCCUCUAUACAUACAAAAUCUUAAUUUUCAAUGCAUUUUAGAUUUAUCGUCUACAUGUUACAGGGUAUUCGGUGUCCGUGUAAGAGAUUGUGCUGGUAUUUUGUUAUGAAAUAAGGUUUUUAAUAUUUUGAUAGUCUUCAGUCGUCCAAGAAAGUAUCUUUUCAUGCGCAGCAAGAAUGCAUGCUUUAUGUUUAUUGGAAAUUGGAAUGCAUUGAAAUUCCACUUUACCACGCAAUUCUGAAUUUUAUGAAGAGUUUUAUUAUUUGAAAUAUGCGAAAAAUAAUAGAAAAUAAGACAAAAAUUAAAAAUAUUGUGAUGAUGACUGAUCCCAGAUGUAAUCAAGCAAGUAAAAUAAAAUAGAAAAUUUUGAUUAAAAAAUGGCUCGCUAUCAAAAAACAAUUCUUUUCCUUUUUUUGAUUAAAGAUAAAAAAGGAAAAUUGCUGUUACCAGUAUUAUGGGCAUUUUAUUAUUGCUGAUAAACCAAUCCAGAUGAUUUGAUAGAAUUCUCCUACGAUAGUAUUUCACGGCAAAAUCCCAGCUCCGUAUUUAAUGAUUGUAACUGCAUGUACCCUAAUCAUUAUCGCAUUUUUAAUAUUUAAUAUGAAUUCGUUCCCAAAAACCUGUGAUUCAAUUUAGCUACUGACUUUUAGGUCCUAUUUUUGUCCUAAUUAUAAUUAUAGAAAUGGAAACAUAAUAUGGAUAAGUUCUCAUAAUGGUUGGACUUAUGUGUCCAUGAUAAAUUUCUUUGUUCUGGUUGAUUUAAACCAAAAUCGAACCAAGAAGAUAUUCUUCAAUCGAUUUUUUUUUUUUGCCACUAUCAUUGGUCAGUGAGUUUUAUUUUGCAUUUAAGCAUAAAACGUAAGUUAAGUUUUAUACCUCUUGAAUAAGCUAAUUUAUUUCUUAUUUUUGUUAAGCUUUAAUCUAGAAUAAGACCUAAAUGAGUCAGCGAUUUGUUACUUAAAUUUUCCUAAAAUAAGUUUUAUUAUUUUAGAUUGUCUGCAUCACUUUUCUGUUUUUCGUAGAUAUGUAUUUUUUUUAGGCAUUAUACUUAGUUUUGUUAUACAUAUCAGAAAAAUGUGUAGAAAUAAUGCAUUGCCAGGAAAAAUAAACGAAGAUUUCUCUGUUAAAUCUUGCACGACAUGUGAAAUCCGCAGAAACAAUUUAUUUCUUUCUUAGGCAAUAAAUUAUUUAUAUGCUUUGACUUUCUUUAGAAUAUUUUAUUUAUUGGUUUUUUAUUGAUUUUUUACAUGUGUUUUGUAUUUUUUUUUUUCAAAAAUUUAAUCCCACAUCAAAAUAUAUAGGAAUUUAAAAUUCAUA